AUGAAUAUUAAAGUUAAGUUUCCUAAUGGGCAUUAUUUAAACUUCUAAUGUCCAUAGCAUUGGACUACUGAAUAAGUAAUGCUUUAACAUAUAAUAGAUUCGCUAUUUCUCUGCUAAAAACUAAUCUUUCUAUGAUCCAGAUGCAAUCAAAUUAUAUUAUGAUGGCGUGGAAUUAAUUGGAAAUGAGAAGUUUAUACAUAUUACCAAAAAAAAAUAUGAAUAAAUUGUAUUUCUCAUAGGACUUACUACUUAAGUACAAACUUAAUAACCAAACAAACAAUUGAUCUAUUUAGAAUAUACUAAAAAUAUUCAAACGAUAUAAUUUAUCAAUUCAAAUUAUCCAACUAAUUUCUAACCCAUUAUGUCUUAUAUGCCUAUCAUGGGAUUGAAGUUUUAGUCAAAUAAUUAACCAAAAAAUUUUAAAGUUCAAUAAUAAAGAAUAUAAGGUAAAAAAUUUAUUAGAAAUUAGAUGAUACAGAUAGUCCCAUUUAAUAAGAGAUCUUUUUCCAUUUUAAAAUGAUUUAUUAUAUUGGAGCAUUUUAUACUCUAUUUAGCUCUUAUUUUAAAGGGUAAAAUUAUUAUUAUCUACUUAUUAUUAUUGAAACAUACUAUUGGAUUAAAUAUCAAGAAUUUAAGGGUCAAUUAAGACGAUAAUAGCAAUUAAUACAAAGAUAAUAAUAAUAGAGAGAUUUAAAUUAAAAUUAAGAAUAAUAUUAACAGCAAUAAUAAUAAAUAAUAAGAUUAUGUUAGAUUUUAUACUUAAGAAUAAAUAUAGUAUAAAAACAAAAUCAAAAUAAUAGUUCUAAAUAGAAUAAAUAAAAAUUUAAGUAAUGA